AUGUCAGUUUUUGGAUCACAGUCAGGUCUUUCCGAACAGACACUGUCGGACGCGGAUGACAGCAAUGUUCCACUGCAGAAUCUGGCGGACACUAUAGAUAGACGAAAGACACAGAAUCGCAUCGCCCAGAGAAAGCAUAGACAAAAACUCAAGAAGCGCAUCGAAGACCUGGAGCUGCAACUAGAAUAUGCAAACUUUAACUCCCGAUCCGUCGUUCCAAAAACGACACCUCACCCUAUACCAGUGUCUGCACCUUCGGAUCUGAAUUCGACCGAGGAAAACAUGCUACCCCAUUUUGACCACAUAGAGAAUCUCUUUACAAAGUCCAAUGGUCACCUGGGAAGCUUUUGGAAUGCCCAGGAACACAGCGCAUUGUCUGAGGGUUCGCUUUCACUCGGUCACAUCACAACGCCCUUUUCCGCCGCAGGCAUGGCACCGUUGCAAACUCAGGACCUGACCGGCGAUCAUGCCUCGAAUAGAGAUUUUACGUACACCUCAGCCCGCCGUGGCUUAGAGCCAUCGACAGAAUCUCUUUUGAUGACACCAACUACCGAAAUUAACGAGGUUCUCGCCGUACCUGAUGCGAGUCGCAGGCCUUCAUUGCACCCGCUGAGUGACGCGCCAGAACUAAAUGACCUAUCUGCCCCCCCUUGUUCAUUGACCAUGGAGCGCAAGAUCGCCUACAUUGUCGAUUGCGCUAAGUCGCUCGGGUUUCGCGACUUCGACUCGGUCGUAAAGGCUUACUACACAAGCUCAUUUGAAGUCAUGUCCCGAGCCCAUGAUAUGCAGAGAGUUAGUAGGAUUCGUGGCCUCGAUUCCGUUCUUAGGACCAUUAAUGCCAGCGCCGAAACCUGGCCGCAUCAUGAGAGCCAAAUCUAUCAAGCCGAGGUUUUCAAAGCCGCGGAGCAUCUUUACAGCGUCGAAUUCCAGCGAGCCAUUGACAGCGGAGCGCUGAUGGUACUAGAACAGCAUCAGCGACUGAAGGAGGAUGAAAUGAAUUGGCCAGGGGUUAGAAUUACGUCUCAUAAGAGCGAACUCUUAUCACAGGUGAGUCCGCGCUUUUAUUCCAGAGUCCAAACAGGCACAGCUAAUGAAAUUGGUCAUUGGAAUUAG